AUGCCGCGGGCCGUUGCUUCUGCUGUCUCUCGAAGCUGCCGAGGGGUUUGCAUCGUCAGUUUGAUCAUCUGCGUGCUGUUGAACCACCUUGCUGGCCACCUUGCAUUCGCGGCUCCUGUGGGCCGUCGGGUGCUCUUCCGCCUGACACGGUGCAAAGAGCAGCUGCCGUCGACGAUCGACGUCUCUGCAGUCCGCAGAAAGUUUAUACGUCUAGGCAUGGACGGCUUCCUCGGAGAGUCCGAGGAGCAGCGGGCUGCCCGAAGAGAACGCAGGCAUUCCUUUGAGGAGGUCGGGGAGUUCGACUUCCUCUUCAAAGAGAAUGACAAGGAUUGGGAGCAGUCGGAUCAGACGGAGGAGGAUCGCGGCCUCUUUGCGAUGCAUGAAGAGGCCUUGGUGCAAGCCAUGGAGGAUGGCACCAUCUUCUGGCGCCCGCGCAUCAAUGGGGACCUGUCCUUCAAAAGGCUGAGGGACGAGCCAGAUCCCGAGAAGAUUGAGCGUUGGGCCCGUCAGCAAGCCAAGGAGGGACGAAAGAGGAGGGGCAAACGGCGUUAUGGCAACCUCGGCAAGAAGCGGUAG